CGUGGGGCGGGCACAGCGCAAGAUGGCGGCGGACAGCGAACCCGACUCGGAGGUGUUCGAGAUCACGGACUUCACCACUGCCUCCGAGUGGGAGAGGUUUAUUUCAAAAAUAGAAGAAGUGUUGAAUGACUGGAAACUUAUUGGGAUUUCUUCAGGCAAACCUCUGGAAAAGGGUGUAUAUACUACAGGAGUGUGGGAGGAGAAAUCAGAUGAAAUUUCGUUUGCGGACUUCAAAUUCUCAGUUACACAUCAUUAUCUUGUACAAGAACCUGGUGACAGAGAUGGGAGAGAAGAAGGUGUAGAAGAUGCCCUUCCCCUGCCUAUGCAGGACUUGCUCUGCAUGAACAAUGACUUUCCUCCUAGAGCCCACUGUCUGGUAAGAUGGUACGGCUUACGUGAGUUUGUGGUUAUUGCUCCAGCUGCAAAUAACGAUGCGGUUCUUAGUGAAUCGAAAUGUAACCUCCUGCUGAGUUCUGUUUCUAUUGCAUUGGGCAACACUGGCUGUCAGGUGCCGUUGUUUGUGCAAAUACAUCAGAAGUGGCGCCGUAUGUAUGUUGGAGAGUGCCAAGGUCCGGGAGUUCGAACUGACUUUGAAAUGGUUCAUCUUCGCAAAGUCCCCAGCCAGUAUACUCACUUAUCGGGAUUACUGGAUGUCUUCAAGUCCAAGAUUGGAUGCCCGUUAACACCACUGCCUCCAGUGAGCAUGGCUAUUCGGCUUACGUAUGUGCUUCAAGAUUGGCAACAGUACUUCUGGCCGCAGCAGCCACCAGAUAUAGAUGCUCUAGUUGGAGGAGAAGUUGGAGGCCUUGAAUUUGGGAAGUUACCAUUUGGUGCCUGUGAGGAUCCUAUUAGUGAGCUCCAUCUAGCCACUACGUGGCCUCACCUAACAGAAGGUGUAAUUGUUGACAAUGAUGUCUAUUCUGAUCUAGAUCCUAUUCAAGCACCACAGUGGUCUGUAAGAGUCAGAAAAGCAGAUAAUCCUCAGUGUCUAUUGGGUGACUUUCUUAAUGAAUUCUUCAAGCUUUGUCGUCGGAAGGAAUCAACUGAUGAAAUACUGGGAAGGUCUGCAUUUGAAGAGGAUGGAAAAGAGGUUGCUGAUAUCACUCAUGCUUUGUCGAAGCUCACUGAGCCAGCGCCUGUCCCAAUUCAUAAACUAUCUGUCACAAAUAUGGUUCACAGUGCAAAGAAAAAGAUUCGCAAGCACAGAGGUGUAGAUGAAUCACCUUUGAACAAUGAAGUUUUGAACACUAUUCUUCUGUUCUUAUUUCCUGAUGCUGUUGACAAACUGGCAGAGGGAUAUGAAAGCAGGGCUAGCUCUUCAGCAGGAAGCAAUCCUCCUCCAGAGAACGAAGAUUACAAUCUCUUCAGUCAGUUUAAAUCUGCUCCUUCUGAUAGUCUGACAUACAAAUUAGCUUUAUGUCUUUGUAUGAUAAACUUCUACCAUGGAGGAGUGAAAGGAGUGGCACAUCUUUGGCAAGAGUUUGUGUUAGAAAUGCGCUACAGAUGGGAGAACAACUACCUUAUUCCAGGAUUAGCUAAUGGCCCUCCAGAUCUGAGAUGCUGUUUACUGCAUCAGAAGCUUCAGAUGUUAAACUGUUGCAUUGAAAGAAAGAAAGCAAGAGAUGAGGGGAAAAGGGGGAGCGUGUCAGAUCGUUCACCUGGUGGUUCUUCUGGAGAUACUGGAAAAGGAGCAGACCACUCUGGAGAUUACCUGAAGGAGACUGAUAAAGAAGUUGGAAAGUCUUGGGAAUCGUGGAGUGACAGUGAAGAGGAAUUUUUUGAAUGUCUAAGUGACACAGAAGAUCUGAAAGGAAAUGGACAGGAUAAUGGAAAAAAAGGAGCAAAAGAAGGCAGCAAAGAGCCUGUAAACCUGAAACCAGAAGGCCGCCUGCAUCCUCAUGGGAAGCUGACACUGCUGCAUCCAGGAGAGCCUCUCUACAUUCCCAUAACACAGGAGCCAGCACCCAUGACUGAGGAUUUGCUGGAGGAACAGUCUGAGGUUCUGGCAAAACUUGGGACCUCAGCAGAAGGUGCACAUCUUCGAGCACGCAUGCAGAGUGCCUGCUUGCUCUCAGAUAUGGAGUCUUUUAAGGCAGCCAAUCCUGGCUGUUGUCUGGAGGAUUUUGUGAGGUGGUACUCUCCUCGGGAUUACAUUGAAGAGGAAGUGGUUGAUGAAAAGGGAAAUGUGGUAAUUAAAGGUGAGCUGAGCGCCCGAAUGAAGAUCCCCAGCAACAUGUGGGUGGAGGCCUGGGAGACAGCAAAACCAGUCCCAGCACGGAGGCAGAAGAGACUCUUCGAUGACACUAGAGAAGCAGAGAAGGUACUUCAUUACCUUGCUGUUCAGAAACCAGCUGACCUUGCACGGCAUCUCCUGCCUUGCAUCAUCCAUGCAGCCGUACUCAAGGUAAAGGAAGAAGAAGUACUAGAAGAUAUAUCUUCAGUUAAGAAGAUUAUUAAACAGAUAAUAUCUCAUUCCAGUAAAGUUCUACGAUUUCCAAAUCCGGAGGACAAGAAGCUAGAAGAAAUUAUUGCUCAGAUUAUGAGUGUGGAAGCUAUCAUUGCCAGGGCCAGGUCUUUGAAGGCAAAAUUUGGAGUAGAGAAAUGUGAAAGUGAGGAGGAGAAGGAAGAUCUCCAAAGAUUUGUGAACUGUCUCCUGGAGCAGCCAGAAGUGUCUGUUCUUGGUGCAGGAAGAGGACCUGCUGGCAGCGUUAUUCACAAACUGUUUGUGAAUGCUCAGAGGAUUUCUGCAGUGCCUCCGCUUGAUGAAGAACUGAGGAGAUCAGGUUCAGCAGAUGAGCGAAGACUCAACACGGGCUCCAUGUCAGACUUCCCCCCGCCCACAGGCCGGGAGAUCAUCCUGCGCACAACCGUCCCCCGUCCUGCACCUUAUUCCAAACCGCUGCCCCAGCGGAUGUACAGCGUGCUUACAAAAGAAGACUUUCGACUUGCAGGUGCCUUUUCAGCAGACACAACUUUCUUCUGAUGUAACCGUAGCUGUGUUACCUUGUGUGUCUUCACAAGUAGAAUGUUACUCAUUUUCCUUCAGGGAAGUUAACACUUACAGAUCUACCAGCUUGUGGGGAGGAGAAAAUAAGGUUGUGGGUAGUGGCAGGGAGUGAUAGUCGCAAGGACAGACCUCAGCUGGGAUUUGAGAAGAAGGACUCCAAAUGCUCCAUCUUGGAGGGCUGGAGAGGCGGCAGCAGUGGUUUUGCUCUUCUUUGGGGAAGAAAGUUUAUUUAGCCAUCCCCCUCUGUCCACAUGGAGCACAUGUUUUUGCAUUGGCUUGUUUAAUUAUGGAUGUUAAUGGGCUACUCUCAAAUACUUCAUGUUCAAGGUUAUGCAGACUGUCCAGCUUUACAGUUCUUAAUCAGACUCGAUAAAGUGAUAUUAGCCUACUUAAAUUGAUGUGUAGACAUUAAUUUGUAUUUAUUGCUAAUCACAAAUGUUGAGCUCAGUAUUUUUUCGGUUAAUCUGUAAGUUGCAAAUACUUCUAAAAUACCUUUUAUUUUAUUUAAAGUGCACAACACAUUCUAGUUCUUGCCUAACUCUCCUAGCCUUGCACCAGUCAUCUGAAAAAAGGUCUUGUCUUUGGGAUAAGAGCUACUAUAAUCCUAUUAGCAUUAAGCCUAAUCAGUUUUAGAUGCUUUUUAUCCUUCCCUGCAUGCAAGGGCCAAAGCUGUAUGUAAAUUACAUGUACAGAGGUUUUAAACCAAAGUGAAGCUUACAGUAGAGACCAUUUAAAUGCAUACUGUCUUUGAUCUGAUAUGAUAAACUAACCCCAUUGAAUAUCAUGCAAACACUAUGACUUGUAUGUGCCAAUGUUGCUUUACAGUGAUCUUACUGUGUUUUAAUCAGAAUGAGCAGGUCAGUCACAUUACAAAAUUAAAUGUAAAAACUGUGGUAUUGUUGACAUUAUUCAAUAAAUUUAAACUUACUGGUUCUAAGAACUUUUCA